AUGCAUAUUGCUAUCAAUCUGAAAGACUUCAAAGCGGCCAUUGCUCACGCUGAGACUGCGAAUGCCACGAUCACAGCUCGCUACACUUACCCGUGCAAACCGCUCCAGCUUACAUAUGACUUCGAGGGCGUAUCUGCGGAGUUCACGGUCAUGACCCGAGGUGAAGUAGAUGGAGACUUUGCACCAGACUCGUCACGAAGCGGAAUUCGAGAACUCUCACAAAGACAGACGCCUGGUGCACCCAUCUCAGUGCAGCGCGACCGUAUAUCCCGCGAAGCCACUCAAAAUGGUCAGAUGCCCCCACCGCCUCCGCCGCCUGCUCGCUCGAUCAAGCCUUUACAGGGUAGUUCAACCCAGGAAAAUCUGUCACGUUCGAUGGCGAGCGAGCGGCCCACGGCCUCAUCACUCUCGAUGGAAUUCGACAGUCUCUUCGUACCUGCGGAUGAUGACCGACAAUGGGAUGAGAUGAACGAGGAAGAAGAGGAGGAGCCCCAAGACAUCCUUGGCUGGGAUGCAAGUGGUCGGGCGGAUGCAUUCGCGGCCACACUGAGAGAUGAGGAACCAGGCUUGUCAAGGAAUGAGAGCAAGACGGAUGAGGCCGAAACCGAAGACAUGCGGAUCCCGCCCACGCAACGUAUAUCACAGGUGAGUUUUUUCUGGAUUGCAUUUGUGUGCGUGCGAAGCGGUUAG